GCUUAUAUAAACGCGCGGCGAACGGUUUGCCUUCGCAGAGCCGUAUCCACCGUCGCUGGACGACAGACUAUCAUCCCCGCAGAAAUUCCCCGGUAGACCCGCUUCUGUCAGAUCCCUGGCUUUUAGCAGCGUCAAGAUGCAACCUAAGAUGACCGUCUUGUGCACACUACUGGCGUUUGUAAUGGUCGUCGCAGUUUCGAGUCUCACAGUCGAUGCAAUACCGCACAGCCAUGAAAGUUACUGGGAUCAGCAGGAUGACAUAGAUCGAGACGAGUUUCUAGAGAUACUCUCUCGUCUAAGUCGCACCGUUAUGAACCGCCCCGAAAUGGAAAACAGCAAACGAGGAUUGGAUCUGGGUCUUAGUCGUGGCUUCAGCGGUUCUCAAGCGGCGAAACACUUGAUGGGACUUGCGGCGGCGAACUAUGCCGGCGGUCCCGGACGGAGGCGUCGCUCGGAACAGGCGUAGAUCGCAAACACGAUCGCUGAUGCCGAGAAAUUAUUAUCCGUAACAACUAUCCGUAAUAAUGUCACUUUUGACUCGACCCUUCUACUUUGUCUCUAUCUCGAGCUUGAACCGCCAUCGAUCUCGAAAUCGCCGUUGCCAGUGGCGUGACUGUGUGUGAAUAAGCAUGCAUUUAAAUCUCCUCUCUAUAUU